ACCCUCUCUAGCUGCGCAGCCUCUCGAGCGGGACGUCCCGUUGGCCAUGCGUAAACACGGUGGGCCGCGCUAGACUGGUGGACUGGCCAAGAUGAGAGAAGAGGAUUGCGACAGUGAAAUGUUCAUAUUAGAUAGAUCAAAUAUACGAAUGGAAAUGCUUUAGACGAACAUAGUUUCUCGGUGGACAUUUCGUAAACUAUGGAUUUUAUGUCUGGUGUCAUUCUUCUUCUUUGGUUGGUUGAUGAGUGUUCCGCCAACAAGAAGUACUGCUGGUACUUCGAAGGAGGCUACCCCAUCUACUUCAUAUGUCGUUCGUAUGAGGACUGCUGUGGUACGAGAUGUUGUGUCAGAGCUCUCUCCAUCCAGAGACUGUGGUACUUCUGGCUGGUGUUGAUGCUGGGCGUGGUGUUCUGCUGCGGGGCUGGGUUCUUCCUGCGUAGACGGAUGUACCCCUCCCCCAUCCCCAACGAGCCCAACUCCUUCAACGUCCACUUCACAAGACAGCCAAUCACCACCUCAGGUCUGCAGCAGAACGUUCUGCAGAACUAUGGGGAUCCAGGAGGAGGAGUCUUGCUAAGCCCCGCCUACCCCCUGCAACCACACCCCUCCCAUCUGACGGCAUCCUACCCUCCUCCACCUGCCUACUGCAGCCUUCCUCCUCCGCCCUACGAACAGGUGCAGCAGGAGACACAGAAGAAAUAACCCCGGGAGAGUCUCAAUACUCCUCCCGAGGCCGAGUCUCAAUACUCGAUACGUUCUUCCUUCAGUGAGGCUAAUUACUGAUCUCAUCCAACCAGAUACAGUCAAGAUGAGCCCUUAGUCCAAGUGGGCUGAAGGGAUGAAGCCUUUUUUGGUUCCUUCAGAUAGUGGCAAAAUAUGCAUAUUAGUCACAAAAAAGACAUGACUCAAUGAAGACAACUGUAGAUCAUUAUCUAUGCAAUUUAUGAAUUAAUUCAGAUGUAGUUUACGGUCCUCAUCUCCAACUAUUUUUUCACUUUGUUCUCAACUAACCUACGACAGCCUUGUCUCACCAGCUUGUGUAUGAUAAUAAAGUUUGACUAUUUUUCACCAA